AAAUAUCAAUAUUAUUUGGAUUCAUUGACGCCGUAUUGCGGAAUAAGAUGGACAAUAGCUGUAGCAUUUAUUAUUCUUUUAAUUUGGCGAAUUAUCAGUGUUCAGGGAUUUUACAUUAUAGCAUAUGCAACAGCGAUAUAUUAUUUAAAUUUGUUUCUUGCUUUUCUCACUCCUAAAAUCGAUCCGGCGCUUGAUUUUGAUAGCGAAGAUGAUGGUCCAACGUUGCCGUCAAAAGGAAACGAGGAAUUUCGACCAUUCAUGCGGCGUCUUCCUGAAUUCAAAUUUUGGUAUUCAACAGUAAAAGCUACAGUAAUUGCUUUAAUUUUAACCUUUUUUGAAGUUUUUGAUGUUCCUGUUUUCUGGCCUAUUCUGGUUAUGUAUUUCAUUAUUCUCACUUGUCUUACUAUGAAACGUCAAAUAAUGCAUAUGAUAAAGUAUCGCUAUAUUCCUUUCACAACUGGCAAGCCAAAAAUGCGAGGAAAAGAAGAUUCGGGCGUUGUUGUUCAAGGCUAG